CUAAACGUUUUGCACCACAGCUAGCUGAUGUUUGUGAGCUCCGGCAACAUAUGCAGGACACGAGCGAUGGAGGGAAGACGACCAGAGGAUGAACUACGCCAUGGCCUACCCGCCCGGCCCGCCCACGGAGACGCACUUCGUGCGGCCCGGGGCGCGCACCGUCACCUUCAGUGGCACCAACUCCGUGCACAUGAUCCCGCCGAGCCCGCAAGGUCCGCAGCAGCAAGCCCCCGAGCCCCAGCAGCAGCAAGCACCGCCGCCGCAGCACGAGCCCGAGCACCAGCACCAGCUCGAUCAGCCCCAGCCGGCGCCGGAGCAAGGCGCGCCACCGCAGGCCGAGCAACCGAGGAAGCGAGGCAAGAAGAAGCCGCCGCGCCGCGUGCGGUUCGGCCCCGACCAGCAGCCACCGCCGCAGCAGCAGCAGCAGCAGGAGCAGCAACAACAACAGCCGGAGAACGCGCCGGGCAACGGCGGCGGCGACAACGCGCCUGGUCAUCAGGGUUACGGUCCCCACGGCCCGGCGGCGGGUCCUCAGCACCAUCCGGCUCACGGGCCGCCGGGGUACUUCCGGUACACGCCGUCGCCGCUGCCGAGGUGGGAGGCGACGCCGCGGCGGCACGAGUACUUCUCCGGGGAGUACCGGUACAGCUACCCGACGCCGGUGCGGGAGGGCAUCUACAGCCUCGCCACCGACGCCAACCGGCUCACCACCAUCUUCAGCGAGGAGAACCCCAACGCCUGCGCCAUCGUCUGAGACUGAUCUGAGUGCGGUGGGCGCGCCGCGCGCGGCGAGGACCGAACCAGGUUCCCGCGCGCGCCGUACUUCCGUUGCCUAACUGCACGGGAGAAGAGAAGAAUCAGGUUCCGGUUCAUUCUGGUAGGUGUUGUAGAGAAAAAAGAAGCGGGAAUACCUCGGUGCGCUGCGGCAUGAUGAGAUGAACAUUCGCCUUGUUCGGAUUCGCCCCGUACCGUCUCUGCUUCCUUUUAAUUUCUUUCUUUUGAUGACGUGUUCUCUUGCAAAGGUUAGAGGCUUUAGUCAAUGAUGAUAGUUGGCCACCAGAGUCAAAUUAA